AUGUCUUGGCUUUUGAACGAUUUGAAGAAAAAGGCGACCGAGGCAAUGAAAGCAUUCGAAGCGCCGAAUGAAAAUGACAGUGCUGUCAAGAGCUCUGAUGAAGCCUCUGCUGACAAUAAAGAAGUUGAGAAGAAAGAUGGAGAGGAGAAGGAAAUCGAGGAGAGGGAAAUCGAGGAGAAGGUUGAUUCAAAACCGACAGAGAGCGGCUUCUUGGACACCGAAAAACUUCAAAGUCAAGGAUUGGCUUUAACAAAUAAACUUUUUGAUUUUGCGAAAAGGACGACGAUUGAGGCGCAAAAACAACUCGAAAUCGUGAAAGGAGCCGUUGUUGAUAGUACAUUAUUGGGUGAUUUGAGUCGAGAACAAGAGGCUUUUCAACAAGAAAUCGCAUCGAAGAAAUUGGAUAGCGGAGCCGCUCCGUGGGAAGACUUGCCCGAUCAAAAUGCGGCCAAGAAGCAAAUGCUUGCUUUGUCUUUAGAUACGCGCACUUUUCUCCGUGACGCUCCAUCAACUCUACCAUUUACUGAGCUUGAGAUUGCUUCAAUGGCAAAAAAAAUGCUGGAAUAUGAUCCGAAUUUGGGAAAAGUUCGCUUUCAAUUGGUCCCGAAACAAGUGACUGAAAAACGCUUUUGGAUCAACUAUUUCUAUCGGAUUUCGUUGAUAAGACAAGCAAUGAAAGAGGAUAAUCCAAUUUCUGAGGAGGAAAAAGUGGAGAAGAAAGAAGAAGAGGGAAAAGAAAAAGGAAAAGAAGAAGAGGGAAAAGAAGAAGAAGGAAAAGAAGAAGAAAGUCAAGAAGAAACGUUGAUUCAGGAGACACCAAUCUCUUCGCAAGAAGCAGACAAAAAAGAAAGCGACGAAAUUGUUGAAGAAAAGGAAAGCAAAAGAAAAUCACCGAAAGAAACGAAAGAAUCCACAUCACCCACAUCACCAAUUGAUGAGGAUUGGGAAAAAGAAUUAUUGGCCGAUUUGACCGAUUACGAGAUGGUUGUCGAGCAGACGGGGAAAAGUGAUGAACAAUGGGAGAAAGAGAUCGGCGAUUUACUUAAUGAGGUGGAAAGCGAACAUGAGGCAAACUCUUCGGAUGAGAAGAAAAAU